AUGCCAGAAGACACGCAAACUGUAAAAAUCGUGCAAGAUAAUCUAGGACGAGGAAUGGCGGCAUAUAAAGAAUCUUUACAAAUGGCCGUCAACCAAAAAAUUACACUUCUCUUACUGCAAGAACCAUAUAUUGGUUCAAAAGGGUAUGUUACUUGUAAUCGCCGCGUUAUACAAAAAGUGAAUAACAUAAUUGAUAAACCGGUUAAAUCGGCAGUCAUCGUUGUUGAUCCCACGUACUUAAUUAUAGAAAAUCCAGAAUACAUAAGUGAAAAUAUAGUAGGCUUUAUAAUUAAAGUAGGAAACCAUAGUAUAGGAAUACUUAAUGUGUACUUGGAAAAAAAUGGGGAUCUAGAUGAAGAUAUCAGAAACAUUGUGAAAAUUGCACAGAAUAUGGACACCCAGGACAUCAUCUUGGCAGGGGACUUCAAUGCAAAGAGUCCUUGGUGGGGUAGCAGAGAGGAAGACAGGAGGGGAUUACACUUAUCGGAAAUGAUAGCAGAAAUGGACAUGAACAUACUAAACCAAGGAAACGACCCUACAUUCUAUCAGUAUCGAGCUGGAAAACUCCAUAGCAGUCUGGUGGAUGUAACCGCUUGUACAUCUUCGUCACUACACAAGGUAGAGAAAUGGAGAGUAGAUCCAGACUUUGUUAUACGUUCUGACCAUCGAGCAAUUCAAUUCCAAAUAAACAUUAUCAUAGAUAAACAGAAAACUUCUCCCAGAAAAUCCACACGUCUAUUUAACACCGCUAAGGCAAAUUGGUCAAUUUUUAGGGAUGUUUUAAAAAAAGGGUUAGAAAAUGACAAAAUUACUGAAAUAAAAGUUAAUCUAAUAAAAACAACAAAUGAUUUGGAAGACAUUUUAGACAAAUACAUCAAACAAGUCAGCAUUGCUAGUAAACGGGCAAUACCACCUAUCUCUAAAAAGAUUAACACAACCUGCACACCCUGGUGGACUAAGGAGUUAGAAGCUGAACGACGAGAAUUAAUAAGAUUAAGAAGAAGAAUAAGAUUUGCGAACACUAGGCGUAAACCCUUCCUUAUCCAAGAAUUUACAGCAGCUAUAGAAAAAUAUGUGAGUAACAUAAUGUUUACAAUUACUGAGAGCUGGAAGCAGCUAUGUACAAAGCAGGAAAAAGAGACAAUAUGGCAGAGCAUUUACAGAAUUAUUAGGAAAUGCACAACAAUAAGCGAAGACGAACUUUUGCGUUUAGGAGAAAAAACUCUAAAUCCGAAUGUUUCGGCUAUGCUACUAGCUGAAGUAUUCUACCCUGAAGAUGAAGUAAAUAAGGACACUGAAGAACAAGGAAAAGUUCGUGAUGAAUCGAACGCAAUUAUUAAAGAUCUAAGAUAUGACUCUAUUAGUUUUCGGGAAUUCACCGAAGAAGAAAUAGAAAUGGUACUACAAAGAAUGAACCCUAAAAAGGCACCAGGAGAAGAUUGUAUAACAUCAGACAUCUGCUAUGAGGCUUACAAAACUUCACCGUCAACGCUGAAGGCAAUUUUCAACAAGUGUCUAGAAUUAGGGCACUACCCCGAGAUCUGGAAAAAGGCUGUUAUAAAAGUCAUUCCAAAGCCGGGGAAAGAUGAUUAUUCAGUACCUAAAUCAUACCGACCUAUUGGAUUACUACCGGUAUUUGGGAAGAUCUUAGAAAAAUUGUUUGUAGGGAGACUUCUAUGGCAGUUAGGAAGUGAAGAUAAACUCAACAGUUUGCAAUACGGAUUCUUGCCACAGCGCAGUACAGAAGACGCUUUAUAUGAUACAAUGACGGUGAUAAGACAGGGCAUCAAAGAAUAA